AUGAAAACUGCUGGCGGCGGCCGCCGCUCCCGGCCGAAAGCACUUCCGCGAGCAGCGGCGCUGGGGGGCUCGGCGGCAGGCGGCUGCCCUGGCCGCGCUGGCCCUGCUCGGCGCCUGCGGUCCGGCCCGCCGCCGGCUUCAGCCCGUCCCGGGCAGGCGCGACAUACACCGGCGGCUGGGCGCUCCGGACGGCCGGGGGCGCGGAGGCGGCUCCACCGGCGGCUCCACCGGCGGCGGCGGCGCUUCGGAGGAGCAGGACGCGGCGGCCGCGGCGGCGCUUGUUGUUGUUGUUGUUGUUUGCAGGCGCGCUCAACGUGGUGUCAUCCUAGCCAGGCGGCGUCCGCGGCUGCAGGGCACUGCGGGAUCGCCCGCUUCUGGCGCGGCCCGCCUGCUCCAAAGACAAAUAAACGGGGCAGAAUGGACCCUUUCCCGGGAGCCAAAACUCGAAGCCCCCGGGAGCGGCGCUGUCAGAGGGUGACGUCGGGGGGCGGCGCCUGCGCCAUAUAUGGGAGCGGCCGCCCCUCGCCGCGCCCCUCGCCGCCGCCGCCGCCGCCGCCGACUGCCUGCCUGACGGCGCCGCGAGCCCCGCGAGCCGCGCGAGCCGCGCGAGCCCCGCCGCCCAGCGCCGCCGCCGCCCCCAGCCGCGCGCCGCGGCCCCUCGCGCCCACCCGCCGCCAAGGAAGUUUCUCCUCGCCCAAAUCAGUCUCCAAAGCAGACAGACAGGCAGCGCAGCGAGUGACAAAGAAGGCUCCGGGCUCCCUGGGCGGAGAGGAAGCGCGCCCGGCUUCUCCGGCGACCCGGGGCCCGGUGUCCGGCUGCGCGCCCACGCGACCUGGUUUCGAGGAAUCGGGAGGGCAGCGGGGCGCGAGCAGCGCGUGGGCCCGGCGGCCGGGCUCCUGCAGCCUGGACUCGGCGCCCAGGAGCACUGCCCACCGAAAGGACCUGUGCGUGACACGGCGCGGGGGCCCAGGGGACGACCGGGAGCUGUCCCAGCCCUUCCCUGCCGAGAGCAAUCAGGGGCGCCCAGUACCCCGGCAGGAGACGCCGAGGGGGGGACAGGCCGACACUGUGGAAAUUGCGCAGGCCCGCCGCUACCGCCGGUCCAGCCUCCGCGCACAGAGCGCUCCCAGGGGCCAGACAGACGCCCAGGGGCCGGCCCGGGCGGGGCCUGACCUUCGCUGGAAACCCCGCGGGCCGCCACGGCGGCGACCACCGCUCAGGGCCCCGCGCUCAACGCGAUUUGCACGGGUGGCCCUCGCGCCGCCGUCGCCUCCUCCUCCUCGGAGGGCAGUGACCUUAAAGAGACAGCGCCCGCAGCCCCUGGAGCCCCGCUCGGGGAGUGGCUUGCAGGGCGCAGGGCCGCGGCCGCGCUUGGCCGCUGACCCGCGGCACCACCGGAGGCAGGGCCAGGCGGUACAACCGCGCGGCGCCCGCGCCCAGGCCCGCUCCGGCGUCCCUGCCGGCCGCGCCGUGCCCGGGUCCUCCACGCCCGCCUGGUGCGGGCCUGGUGAGCGGGAGCCAGGCUGGUGCCGGCCUCCGAGCCAUCCAGAAACUUCGGCCAAGUUGGGGUCCCAGGGUGCACGGCCGGCCUCUGAGUCCGCGCUGGACCCGAGUCCAGGGGGCACUCUGUGCGUGCCCCUUCUGGCGCUCGGCCGAGCCCGGGGAGCCAGCCGCCCUCCCUACCAGCCUUCCGAGGAGUCAGAAACUGCAUUUCCGGCGUUGAAAAGCCCGGGCCACGGUUCCUGGAAGCCGAUGCCUAAGAGGGAUCCGGGGUGCUGGGCGCGGCCGGGCGCGGCCCGCCCCCACGUCCUCCGCGCCCGGGGGUCACGCUCAGACCGCGCCGGUGACCCGGCCUCCAGCCCCGCUCCGGGCCCGGCGCCACAGGCAGAGCUCGGGAGAAGAACCCGAAAGCGGAGAGCCAGACUGACCUUGGGCACUGGCGAGCAGGAGGCCCCCGGUCACUCUGGAAGGGUCAGGCUCCUUCAGGCCGACCCCAAGGACCGAGAAGGGCUAGAUACUCCAAGUGAGAAGGUGCAGGCGCCUCUUGUCAAGGCGGCCAAGUUUGACAAACAGCGCCUCCUGGGGGAACCGCGCGCUCCCAGUUGCCCGGCCCUGCGGGGGCCGCGGACGCCAGCCGGCCCGCUCUCGACUGCCUCCCCGGAAAGCCUAGCUCCGAGCGGGCCCGAGGAUGCCGAGCGCGCCUCGGCUCUUGCAGAGUUGCCUCUUCGCAACACGCUCGGCAGGCGCAUCAGAGCGGGGAAUGACGGCUCGUGCGUGCCAGGGGUCCCUCGGAUCCGAAAAGGCAAGGGAGCUGGGGUGGUGGAGCCAAGGGGUGCAGGUGAGCAGGCUGGCACGUCACUGACGCCCUCCUCUGCCCCGACCUUCGUCCACGCCCUGGCCGCUGCUCAAGGGAGCGUGUACACAUCCCUUCUCCUGCGCAAAAGCGUGGAGGUGGGUGACAGCGGCCAGGCCCGCUCAGUCCGCUCGCUUAAUUAUCUGAGCUGCGGGGACCCGGACAAAGAGGCUGGGAAGGCAGGCUCCCCCGCCCGCGCGCGGCCCGGCGGAGCGCGGCUCCCGAGCCUAGCGUGGGGCCAGGGCGCCAUCUACGGGCGCCGCGCGCUCCGGGCGCCGCCGCCGCCACCCUCUUCCCGGAGGAACCCGCGCCGCCUCCCGCCGCCGCCCGCGCUCGACCCGCGCCCGCUCCACGACGCCUGCCACUUAUCACAAUUACACCGCGCUCCCCGUGCCAGUUUGCCUAUGAAACAUUGA